AUGAAGAUCACAUUCGCAGCUGCUCUUCUUCUCCUAUCCACUACAGUCACACCUCGCGCUGUCCCGCAGUCGGAUCUAGUGGUUCGAGAUGUGUCCCAGAUCCCCGAUGCUCUCGAGAUACCUGGUCUAGAGAAGCGCAGAGGUGGAGGAGGUGGAGGAGGUAAAGGCGGCUCAGGCAGUGGCGGUAGCAGCGGUGGUCGCACUGGCAGUGGAGGCAGCAGCAGUGGAAGUGGCAGUACUGGGGGUCGUACUGGAAGCAGUAGCAGCGGGAGAACCGGCUCCUCGAGCAACGUUGGAGGCUCAACUCGCGGUGGCUCCGGACCAAGCCCUGCUUAUGGGGGCGGGUCUUAUUACGCCGGAGGUGCGGCGUCUCCUUAUAGAUCUGGCGCAAAAUCCCCCCUGGGCGUGUCCCCUUAUUUGUUACCAGCUGCUGGAUUGGCCCUACUUCCAGGUGUCUGGCUGUACGGGGCCUAUGCUUACCCAUACCACCAUAACUAUCACUAUGUGAACCAAACCAACAACCACAGUGAAUCGCUGCCGGUGGUCUGUGUCUGCCAGGAAUAUUCCGAGUGCGGAUGCGAUAACAACUCCAACAGCACCUAUUUCGAAUCCUUGUUCAAUGGCACUGAACCCAGGAACACCAGCGUCGCCAGGGUUGUAAUCGACAAUGGAACAGAGAAGAUCUAUAUCAACGGAACCCUGCCAAAUGGAACAACAGUUGAGGAUUCUUCGGCUUCAUCGGCACCAUCAGUAAAGAUGGCCCCUGUCAGUGGAUACUGGAUAAUGGUUGCUGUAGUCAGCAGCAUGGUUUGGGCUCUGUGA